AUGAAGGGUUCGUUUGGAAUUCCGGAAAAAUAUCAGUGGGUGAGUCAUUGUUCACAGUCUCUUUGCAAUACCUCAAACGGAACCCCCUUUCCUUUUUUCUUGCUCAUCUGACCAAAAAGCUGAGGUGCUCGAUAAUUACGCUCUGCAUUCAUUCGUGUUUCCGUCAUGUCAUUGUGCUCACCGGAAGAGCACGUUGGCAGUGAGUGAGCACACUCUUAUUGUCGGCUCGAACCAGUUUAGUCCUAGUUUUCACCUUUUCUUUGUGCGUUUCAAGAACUUUGAAUCGGAAUUUGAAUUUGAAUUUGAAUACAAUGUUUCUUGUGGACAAUUUGAAGUCUACGCUCGCCGAGGUGGGUCAUCUAUUAUGCAUUGGGAUAGGGUUUUGGGCGGGCAGUCUGUUUCAAAGUGUGCAUAGAUUCGUGUAAUUUGUGAAACUGUUAUUCUAGUUGAAAACAUGAAAUUAUGUGAAUUGACGUUCCAGGCGACAACACUCUUCGUCCACGUGGCACUCAUCGGCGGAGUGGCUCUGUACACAGUGUUCGGCGCACUUUCGAUGCAGUGGUUGGAGUCGCCCGAAAGAGUGUCAGUUGUAUCACUAUCAUUGCGGUUUCAGAGACCGUUUAUGUGGGCCAGAAAACAAAACAGUCUUGAUUGGCAUGAGCAGUGCAAAUUACUGACAGUUCACUGUUCCAAACACUCUAUUCAAGAAUGUUCAAUAAAUAAAUUUAAGAUGAUUCACACAAAAUUGCUACAAACCGUUUUCAGACGGGCUCUCGGCAAGCGAGAACUGCUCUCAAGGGCUGAAAAUCUGCCGGAUCCACCUUCGAUCACGGGUCUGCCUGAUAGGAUAACGAGGGUUUAUUUGGGAGAAGAACUCGGAGUUAUCGAUCAGCAAGUGAGUUCGGAUGGUCCCUCAGAACACACAUUUCUCGUUUUCCGGCUCCUCUAGUGGCUAAUUUCAAUGUGAAAACCAAUUUUCUCCGAGUUCUCACUUCUUUGCGUUGUCAGGUGCACAAAUGUCUCGAACGAACGAUUCUGACGUUAUUCCACGAGACGAAAUGCGAUCCGUACGAGCUGGAACAUUUGAACAUCGAGCUGAUAGACAGAUGCUAUGCAGAAGCGAAUGUGCCGAUUCCGGAAGAGUUUGGAGCACAGCCGAAGAGGAAGCAGAAGAAAGAGGAGGAAGAGGAAAAGAGAGAAGAAGAGGAAGUGCAGGUGGACAAGUGGUCGAUCGGGAACUCGGUGAUAUUCGCAUUCACUGUCAUCACUACCAUCGGUAUUGUUUGUUUCGUUGAAUACAAUAACAAGGAACCAUUAGUGCUUUUAUGCCGGUUGAGAAACAGAGAUUUUCAGUUUAAAUAAGUUAACAAUUAUGUUAUACUUCUCUACGUGACCGUCAACAGGUAGGUUGGCCUUAUGGGCCGUGGCUGACAUAGUUAGAUAGCUUAUACCAAGAGAAUCAAAUGUUCUGUUGAUCGUUUUUGCUGCCGGCAAUUUUUAAAAAUUGCCGCGUACCCGUGACCGUCAAGGGUACAUGCCAAUUUUUAAAAAUUCCCGCGUACCCUUGACCGUUAAGGGUUAAUGCCAAUUUUUAAAAAUUGCCGCGUACCCUUGACCGUCAAGGGUUCAUGCCAAUUUUUAAAAAAUGCCGCGUACCCGUGACCGUCAAGGGUACAUGCCAAUUUUUAAAAAAUGCCGCGUACCCGUGACCGUCAAGGGUACAUGCCAAUUUUUAAAAAUUCCCGCGUACCCUUGACCGUCAAGGGUACAUGCCAAUUUUUAAAAAUUCCCGCGUACCCUUGACCGUUAAGGGUUAAUGCCAAUUUUUAAAAAAUGCCGCGUACCCGUGACCGUCAAGGGUACAUGCCAAUUUUUAAAAAUUGCCGCGUACCCGUGACCGUCAAGGGUACAUGCCAAUUUUUAAAAAUUCCCGCGUACCCUUGACCGUUAAGGGUUAAUGCCAAUUUUUAAAAAUUGCCGCGUACCCUUGACCGUCAAGGGUUCAUGCCAAUUUUUAAAAAAUGCCGCGUACCCGUGACCGUCAAGGGUACAUGCCAAUUUUUAAAAAAUGCCGCGUACCCGUGACCGUCAAGGGUUCAUGCCAAUUUUUAAAAAAUGCCGCGUACCCGUGACCGUCAAGGGUACAUGCCAAUUUUUAAAAAUUGCCGCGUACCCUUGACCGUCAAGGGUACAUGCCAAUUUUUAAAAAAUGCCGCGUACCCGUGACCGUCAAGGGUCCAUGCCAAUUUUUAAAAAAUGCCGCGUACCCGUGACCGUCAAGGGUACAUGCCAAUUUUUAAAAAUUGCCGCGUACCCGUGACCGUCAAGGGUCCAUGCCAAUUUUUAAAAAAUGCCGCGUACCCGUGACCGUCAAGGGUUCAUGCCAAUUUUUAAAAAAUGCCGCGUACCCGUGACCGUCAAGGGUCCAUGCCAAUUUUUAAAAAAUGCCGCGUACCCGUGACCGUCAAGGGUCCAUGCCAAUUUUUAAAAAAUGCCGCGUACCCUUGACCGUCAAGGGUACAUGCCAAUUUUUAAAAAAUGCCGCGUACCCUUGACCGUCAAGGGUACAUGCCAAUUUUUAAAAAUUGCCGCGUACCCGUGACCGUCAAGGGUCCAUGCCAAUUUUUAAAAAAUGCCGCGUACCCGUGACCGUCAAGGGUUCAUGCCAAUUUUUAAAAAAUGCCGCGUACCCGUGACCGUCAAGGGUCCAUGCCAAUUUUUAAAAAAUGCCGCGUACCCGUGACCGUCAAGGGUACAUGCCAAUUUUUAAAAAAUGCCGCGUACCCUUGACCGUCAAGGGUACAUGCCAAUUUUUAAAAAAUGCCGCGUACCCUUGACCGUCAAGGGUACAUGCCAAUUUUUAAAAAUUGCCGCGUACCCGUGACCGUCAAGGGUCCAUGCCAAUUUUUAAAAAAUGCCGCGUACCCGUGACCGUCAAGGGUUCAUGCCAAUUUUUAAAAAAUGCCGCGUACCCGUGACCGUCAAGGGUUCAUGCCAAUUUUUAAAAAAUGCCGCGUACCCGUGACCGUCAAGGGUCCAUGCCAAUUUUUAAAAAAUGCCGCGUACCCUUGACCGUCAAGGGUACAUGCCAAUUUUUAAAAAUUGCCGCGUACCCGUGACCGUCAAGGGUCCAUGCCAAUUUUUAAAAAAUGCCGCGUACCCGUGACCGUCAAGGGUUCAUGCCAAUUUUUAAAAAAUGCCGCGUACCCGUGACCGUCAAGGGUCCAUGCCAAUUUUUAAAAAAUGCCGCGUACCCGUGACCGUCAAGGGUACAUGCCAAUUUUUAAAAAAUGCCGCGUACCCUUGACCGUCAAGGGUACAUGCCAAUUUUUAAAAAAUGCCGCGUACCCUUGACCGUCAAGGGUUCAUGCCAAUUUUUAAAAAAUGCCGCGUACCCGUGACCGUCAAGGGUACAUGCCAAUUUUUAAAAAAUGCCGCGUACCCUUGACCGUCAAGGGUUCAUGCCAAUUUUUAAAAAAUGCCGCGUACCCGUGACCGUCAAGGGUCCAUGCCAAUUUUUAAAAAAUGCCGCGUACCCGUGACCGUCAAGGGUUCAUGCCAAUUUUUAAAAAAUGCCGCGUACCCGUGACCGUCAAGGGUACAUGCCAAUUUUUAAAAAAUGCCGCGUACCCGUGACCGUCAAGGGUACAUGCCAAUUUUUAAAAAAUGCCGCGUACCCUUGACCGUCAAGGGUUCAUGCCAAUUUUUAAAAAAUGCCGCGUACCCGUGACCGUCAAGGGUACAUGCCAAUUUUUUAAAAAAAUGCCGCGUACCCGUGACCGUCAAGGGUUCAUGCCAAUUUUUUAAAAAAAUGCCGCGUACCCGUGACCGUCAAGGGUACAUGCCAAUUUUUUUAAAAAAAUGCCGCGUACCCUUGACCGUCAAGGGUACAUGCCAAUUUUUUAAAAAAAUUGCCGCGUACCCGUGACCGUCAAGGGUCCAUGCCAAUUUUUAAAAAAUGCCGCGUACCCGUGACCGUCAAGGGUUCAUGCCAAUUUUCAAAAAUUGCCGCGUACCCGUGACCGUCAAGGGUCCAUGCCAAUUUUUAAAAAAUGCCGCGUACCCGUGACCGUCAAGGGUUCAUGCCAAUUUUUAAAAAAUGCCGCGUACCCGUGACCGUCAAGGGUACAUGCCAAUUUUUAAAAAAUGCCGCGUACCCGUGACCGUCAAGGGUACAUGCCAAUUUUUAAAAAAUGCCGCGUACCCUUGACCGUCAAGGGUACAUGCCAAUUUUUAAAAAUUGCCGCGUACCCGUGACCGUCAAGGGUCCAUGCCAAUUUUUAAAAAAUGCCGCGUACCCGUGACCGUCAAGGGUUCAUGCCAAUUUUCAAAAAUUGCCGCGUACCCGUGACCGUCAAGGGUUCAUGCCAAUUUUUAAAAAAUGCCGCGUGUGAAUUUUUCAUUGGCCUGUGGUUUUCAGAGGGGCUUUUUGUGCACGCUUUCCGUGACAUUUUCACGUAUGAAGUCACCCAGUCGUGGAAUUUCUCGUGGUGGUUCUCUCCAUUGCGUGUGAUGUCCUUCGACAUAAAAACCAUGAUUUUAGUGGAAAUUUUCCGGCGCCAUUUUCUCGAAAUCCAGGUGCCGGCAGCAAAAACGAUCAACAGAACAUUUUAUCCUUUUGGUAUAAGCUAUCGAACUAUCUCAGUCACGGCUCAUAAGGCCAACUUACCUGUUGAUGAUUCCCUAGUGAAUACUCGAAGUCUAGUUCUUCUUAAUUGGACACUCGUUGCAGGCUACGGCCACGUGGCACCGGAGACGUUCGAAGGCCGUCUCUUCCUGAUUUUGUACGGCCUCGUCGGCGUUCCGUUCACCCUUCUCACGAUCGCCGAUCUCGGAAUGUUCCUCAACAAGUUCCUCAAGUAUCUGCUCAUUUCGGCUCAUCGAUUCUCGCGAUUUCUCAAGAAUCUGUGGCACGGAAUGAGGAAGAAGCCUCGGAAGACGAGCUCGGAGUCGGCAAGAUCGGAAGUUUGGAGUACGGGAAAGGAAAUGAAAGAAAUGAGCAUGAGAACGGCCAGGGAACCGGAACAAGAAGACGAGAUUCAGGAGAUGGAAAAGGGAGAAAAAGAAGGAGAAGAAGAGGAACAUGAAGAGCAGAAUGAGGAGCCGAGGUGGGCACAAGACUGUCAAUCAGCUGAACCUCUGUGACACUAUGUGUACUAGUUCAGAAAAACGGAAGAGUCAAUAGCGCUCGGGAUCACUUUCACGUGUUACUUGCUGGCUGGCGCAAAGAUAUUGUCGGUUUACGAGCCGGAAAUGGACUUUUUCAAGGCGCUCUACUUCAAUUUUGUCACUCUCACCACCAUCGGAUUGGGCGAUUUUGUGCCGAAGAGGUGAGUUCCGAAGAGGAAUGGACAGAUUCCAUUACAAAGUAACUGGACUUGAAGGUCACAGCGUCUACUUUCCAAUACAAUUUUUCCGUGUAGAAAAUAGUCAUUUAGAAAAAUUAGAAAAGUAUCAUUUGUUUGGAUUUAUUGAUUCGCUGAAACUGAAACAUCUGCGUUUUCAGUUUGUGUUUACUGACAAUAACGUUUCUGAUAAAAGCUUAUAAUGUUCAGUUUCGACUACCUGCUCGUCACUCUCAUCUACAUCGGAAUCGGCCUCGCCCUCACCACGAUGGCCAUCGAAAUCGCGGCCGACCUGCUGAAGAAACUGCACUACAUCGGCCGGAAGAUGGAGAACGUCGGCAGUGCGGUCGUCUGGUUCGGCGGCAAAAAGUGAGACUGUUGUCGUGUUUUCUUAUUGAUAGAAAAGGAAUUAGAAGAUGUUUUGAGAGGGUUGUAAAGCUGUAACGUUUUGGAAAAAGCUAUCUAAAACUGUUUUGUUGCAGAAUGACAAUGAAGGCGCUCGUGAAGCACUUGGGCGAUCAGUUCAACAUUCCCGAGGAGGAACUCGCCAACUUUGACAUGUCCGCGUUCGUCGACAAUGCGAUCAAAGUGGAAAAGGGAGAGAUGGCCACGCUCAGGGUGUGCCCUACUUACUUUCCCUCCGAACUUUGAUUCAACUCGUUUGCAGAAGCCGUCGACGCCUCCGGUCGUGUUCAGAGAUCGCGCGUUCAGCUACAGUAACGUGCGCAAAUCGAGUGAGAGCGCUCUCAAAUACGUGGACGACAGCAGAUUCAGCAAGGCCACCGGUACGUAGUACAGUUUCAUUUUGGAGAACGAAACGAUCAAUUUGAGAGCCGUCGACAGCAGUGAUCCACGAGACCACACGGACAAUCGAUACUCUGCAGAACUUGGCGGGCGCGAUGCGAACCAAUCCUUCCGUGAGUUUUCUUCCGUUUCGCGCAACUUUCUACAUCAAAUCCGAUCAUGCCUGUGUUACGUGUGAAAGUGUAAAAGUACGCCAAAAACGGUGUUUCCCACGUUUUUAAUGCAAUUUUUUCGCACAAAAUAUUCCAGUUUCAAAAAACUUGAAAAUAAAUUCUGGAUUUUCUAGAGCUUGGUUGUUCUAUCAUACGGUAUCAUACCUUCAGAUUCCGCGUUUGGACUUGGACGUGCAUUAUCUGACGGACAUGUCCGCGCCGUCUUCCUUCGAUGAGAACUACCUUCGGACGUAUCCGAACGCUCACAGACAGUGA